GAGCGUCCCGGCAUGGAGCGUGAGCCUUGCGCCUCGGAUACCGCCUCCGCCGCGCUCUUCGCUUGGGGUGCAAAUAGCUAUGGACAACUUGGCCUGGGCCAUAAGGAAGAUGUACUUUUACCCCAGCGACUGAAUAACUUCUGUGAACCUAGAUGUAUCAGAAGGAUCACAGGAGGAGGGGGCCACUCUGCAGUUGUCACAGAUGGAGGAGGUAUUUUUGUUUGUGGCCUGAACAAAGAUGGACAGUUGGGACUUGGUCACACAGAAGAUGUUCUGUAUUUUACCCCCUGUACAUCCCUCCUUGGCUGUCCCAUCCAACAGGUGGCCUGUGGCUGGGAUUUUACCAUUAUACUCACAGAAAGUGGUCAAGUUCUAUCAUGUGGAUCCAACUUAUUUGGCCAAUUAGGAGUUCCUCAUGGACCUCAAAGAUGUGUGAUUCCUCAGGCCAUUGAGCUCCUAAGAGAGAAGGUUGUGUAUGUUGCUGCUGGACUGAGGCAUGCAUUAGCUGCUACAGCAAGUGGCAUUGUGUUCCAGUGGGGCACUGGUUUGGCAUCAUGUGGACGGCGAUUGUACCCUGGGCAGACUCUCCCGUUGUUUUUGACGGCAAAGGAACCGAGCAGAGUGACAGGCCUAGAGAAUUUUAAAGUAAGAUGUGUUCUUGCUGGCUCACAUCACUCAGCUUCAUUAACAGAUUCAGGAGAGCUAUAUGUUUGGGGGAGCAACAAACAUGGGCAACUGGCAAGCCAGGCUGCUUUCAUUCCUGUGCCCCAGAAAAUAGAAGUACGUUUUUUUCAGAACGAAAAGGUCACUGCCAUCUGGAGUGGGUGGACACACCUGGUUGCCCAGACAGGUCUCUUGUGGCUCAGAGCAUAAUCUGGCAGUGAUUGGUGGUGUAUGCUACUCUUGGGGCUGGAACGAGCAUGGCAUGUGCGGGGAUGGCACUGAAGCCAACAUUUGGGCCCCCACGCUGGUGCAGGCUCUGAAAUCAUCACAAGGACUCCAUGUGGGCUGUGGAGCUGGCCACUCCCUGGCCCUCUGCCAGCUGCCAGCCCUUCCUGCACUAGUCCAGGGCCCCAAGGUCAUGGACUCAUCCCCAGAUGCCACUGAAGGUGCUGAAUCUUAGGAAACAACGUACAAAGAGUGAAACUAGAAGGAAAGACAAUCAAAAGCUUCAACCCAAAGCCAAUCUGACAAGUCCAGAAGUGAGGAACUUGUGACAGAACGUUUAAUAAAGUGGCUUUUCCCACCAAA